UCCUCCUCUGUAUUCUAAUGAGGGGGCCUCUUCCUUCCACUUCAUUUCAGCUAACCAAGUACACUUACAGACCCUUUCUUACCCCUAGGUCAAAGGGGCUAUUUUUCCCCAAGACAAAAAAAGAAACCUUGCAGAAACUUAACAAGCAGAAUCUUUAAAGCGCAAGAAUGGGUCUGCAACGUGAAAACAGGGCUUGAGUUUUCGGAUGUAUCCGUCGGUAAUGCAGAUUCCCUGUGAAUCAACAAGUAAAUGAGUGGAGCACAGCAGCGCUGAAACUUUUUUGUACAGGGACGCCAAGACUGAGCGGCACAGCAGACGGACAGAAAACUUUUCGGAGGAGAUAUCUGCAUUUGCAGAGGUGCCAAAUCGAGACGCUCGUAUGGAUUUCAAAGGAUGACUUUUUACUUGCUCGGUCUUUCAACGCGCGUAGAGUCCCAACUACCUCCAAGAGACGCAAGGAACACCGAAGAGGCAUAAUUCCGUAUGUUGUCCAAACUAGUAAAUACAACCUGAAGGUGUUCUUCGCGAAGUGCGUAUAAUCAGAAAGUCAUAGCUAGGCCUACAUCGUUUUUAAUUUUUGUGAUUUAAUCAUGAUCGUGUGUGGGAUUUUGAAUCUGUAGGUUUGGGAUACCGAAUUUUGGGAGCUUUUCAAUACGGAUCAUAACAUUUAGAGAACUCCAUAAAAAAGGUUCGGAUUGUCUCAGUUCAAAAUGCCACAGCUUAAUGGUGGUGGAGGAGAUGAUCUCGGAGCAAAUGACGAACUUAUAGCCUUUAAAGACGAGGGCGAACAGGAGGAGAAAAUAUCUGAAAAUGUGUCGGCGGAGAGGGAUUUGGACGACGUAAAGUCCUCUCUUGUGAAUGAGUCAGAAAGCUCAUCAGACUCCGAGCAAACGGACAGGCGCCCACAGCCCAGACUACAUCUAGAAAGUUACGAGAAACACAGAGAGUACUUGGCCGAAGCUUUGAGAAGACAGCAAGAUGGAGGCUUUUUCAAGGGCCACCCUUACGGUGGCUAUCCGUUUUUAAUGAUCCCAGACCUCACCAAUCCAUACAUUUCCAACGGAGCCCUGUCGCCAAGUGCAAGAACGUACCUGCAGAUGAAAUGGCCCAUGCUGGACGUCCCUGGAGCUGCAGGCCUCAAAGACUCCAGAUCUCCCACCCCCGGGCACUUAUCCAACAAAGUCCCAGUGGUCCAGCAUCCCCACCAUGUGCACCCUCUCACUCCCCUCAUCACGUACAGCAACGAACACUUCUCCCCCGGCACCCCCCCCUCACACCUCUCCCCUGAGAUCCUAGACCCUAAAACAGGUAUUCCACGGACACCCCAUCCAUCAGAACUCUCCCCCUAUUACCCCCUCUCUCCGGGAGCAGUGGGGCAGAUUCCUCACCCUUUGGGCUGGUUGGUUCCUCAACAAGGCCAACAUAUGUACUCCAUCCCCCCUGGAGGCUUCAGACACCCUUACCCAGCUCUGGCCAUGAACGCCUCCAUGUCUAGCCUGGUGUCCAGCCGCUUCUCCCCCCACAUGGUGCCCCACCCGUCCCACGGCCUGCAUCAGACUGGCAUCCCACAUCCAGCCAUCGUCUCGCCCGCCAUCAAGCAAGAGCCCAAUGGCGACGGCGGUGGCAACUCAAUGCACGGGAAGUCCUCAGUGCCCAUGAAGAAAGAGGAAGAUAAGAGACCACAUAUCAAGAAGCCCUUAAACGCCUUCAUGCUCUACAUGAAAGAGAUGAGAGCCAAAGUAGUGGCGGAGUGUACUCUCAAGGAGAGCGCUGCCAUCAAUCAGAUCCUGGGCAGGAGGUGGCACUCCCUGACUCGUGAGGAGCAGGCCAAGUAUUACGAGCUGGCAAGGAAAGAGAGGCAACUGCACCAACAGCUCUACCCCGGCUGGUCGGCUCGGGAUAACUAUGGCAAACGGAAGAAGCGGAAGAGAGACAAUAAGCCUGAGGGCUCACCACAGGACUUCUCACCGCAGAGCAAGAAGCCCUGCAUGCCAUACCUGCCCUCAGAGAAGAUGUGCGACAGCCCUACCUCCUCCCACGGCAGCAUGCUGGACUCCCCGGCCACGCCCUCCGCCGCGCUGGCGUCCCCCGCGGCCCCCGCCGCCACCCACUCCGAGCAGGCCCAGCCUCUGUCCCUCACCACCAGGCCCGAGGGCCGCUCCCACCACCACCACUUCUCCCUGCCGGGCAAGGCCUCCGCCUCCACCAGCAGCUCCUCAUCAUUAUCCUCCUUAUCCUCCACCUCCUCGGCCUCCUCCAGUCACCCCAGCAUCUCGCUCCACCUGGGCUCCCCCGGCGGCCAGCCCGGCUCCCUCCUCUCCCGGCCCAUCCCCUUCGCCUCGCUCCACCACUCCCUGCUCUCUCCGGGGUCGCCCUACCAUCAGGCAGCUCUGCAUUCCCAUCAUGCCAUGCUACAGACACAACCCCUCUCCUUGGUUACCAAAUCGUCGGAUUAAAUCAAAAUAUCUUGUUCUUUUUCUUUUUCUGAAUAAGAGAGAAAAAAAAAACUUUUUACAGCUGUAUAUUGCUUUUUACCUUUUUAUAGAUAUUAGACCAUUUUUAAAAAUAGUAUGAAAAGGAAUAAUUAUUGGUCAAUAUUUGACCACCCCUGUUUUGCUUCUCUCUAUGAAACAAAGUGUAUUUUUUUGUAAAUUGCCAUACGGUUACCUUUUACAACUGCAUUUCUCCAAUGUGCUCCUUGUAAAAAAAGACAAAUGUGUAAAGUUUUCCCCUCCAUCAUUUUUUUUAAAUGAAAACAAGAUACCAUUUGUAGUUUUAGUUCAAUCUAAUGGUAGUUGUCGGUUUAGGAGUUAGGAGUUUUCAGUACUGGCUUCCUGUUUAUACUUUUGUGAACCACCUCACCCUUUCCCUAACCCCAUGUGUGUGUGACUCUCCUAAGACUCCAUAGAUAAUAAACCUCAAGUUAUUUCUAAA